AUGGCAUUGCAGAGAUACUUUCCAUCAGAAUAUGGGUUAGAUGUCGAUCGAGUCCAACUUUUGGAGCCAGCAAAAAGCGUGCUCGAAAAAAAGGUUAAAAUCAGACAAGCAAUCAGGAUGGCAGGAAUUCCCUUCACCUUUGUCUCAAGCAAUCUUUGUGCAACAUACUUCCUUUCUAGACUUGGGCAAGUUGAAGGUGAUGGAGCCCCAAAAGAUGAAGUCUCCAUCAUAGGGGAUGGAAAUGCCAAAGUUAUUUUUGUGGGCGAGCAAGAUAUUGCAACAUAUGCCAUCAAAGCUGCAGAAGACCCAAGAACUCUGAACAAGAUCUUAUAUGUGAGACCAUCAGCUAACAUCUACUCUCAAAAUGAGCUUGUAUCCCUUUGGGAGAAGAAAACUAAGAACACCCUUAGAAGGACUUAUCUUUCUGAAGAAGAGAUUAUGAAGAAGAUCCAAGGCACUCCGUAUGCGGUCUCUUUUAUUUAUGCUAUCGCACACGCAGGCUUCAUAAAGGGAGAGAUGACCAACUUUGAGAUAGAUCCCUCAAUAGGAAUAGAGGCCUCAAAUCUCUACUGCGAAGUCAAGUAUAUCACCGUCGAUGAAUGUCUUGAUAAAUUCAUAUGAUGUACUUUGGUUUAACAUUUUGAAGAUCCCUUAAAGUGGCUAAGCUACUAAAUAAAAUGAAUUA